CUCCCAUCUGACGGACGCCAAACACUGAGCCUCCCUCAUCGCUAUAAAACCUCCUCACCUUCAUGACUGUCAGGGACAUAAACAUCCUGAGGUGUCCGUGCUUAUCUGACUGGCUGAGGUGGAUGCAGAUACUCUGAGGAGCUCGUGUCAGCGGAGAUGUUGGCAGGUGCGCUAGUUCUGGGCACCAUCCUCACAGCUUUACCAGGUGCUCAGAGCAGGUGGAGUGUGUCGUUUUCCAGAAGAGUGAUCUGUGUGUGGGCAGGAACUACAGUGACUCUGCCCUGCCGCUAUGACUACCCCUCAAGUCACACUGUGAGGCGCGUUAUGUGGUUCCGUGUUUCUACUGAGGGCCGCAGGGAGUUUGCUCACCACACCGACCCCAACCAGAUCAGCCCGUCCUACCGCGGGCGCACGCGCUACACCGGGGGAAGCUAUUCCAGCUGCUCGGUUCAGAUUCGGGGUGUGCAGCUGGGCGAUGCGGGCCAGUAUCACUUCAGGUUUGAGACAGACCAACCGCUGGGGAGAUGGACCUCACCUGACACCAUUACUCUGGAUGUAACAGAGCUCCAGGUUCAGGUGCAUCCAGCUAGGCCAAGCAACAUGUUUGGAUUUGGAGAAACAGUCUUUGUAGGUUGCCAGGCCAGAGGAUGUGCUGCCCCGGGGAGAAGCUUGGCACUCUACAGGAACGGAUUGAACCUCGGCUCGUAUGAGAAGAAGAUGAUUAACCGCUUUGACCCGCAGCACGCAGGCGCGUACACCUGCCGACCAAUCCCACCGCAGAACGUCCAGUCACCGUCGGUCUCCCUGACGAUGGGGUAUAGUCCUCGCUCCACUUCCAUUGCAGUGUUUCCUGCCGGAGAGUUGUCAGAAGGGGGUUCAGUCACUCUGACCUGCAGCAGUGAUGCAGCCCCACCUGUUGAGAGCUUCGCAUGGUUUAAAGACAUGGAGAGCGGCAGCAUUCCAGACAGCUUCCGCCCUCAGCUCCACCUGUCCUACCUAAAGUACACAGACAGAGGAGAGUACUACUGCGUCGCCCGCAACUCCCUGGGAACAGAGCGCUCCGGAUCACUUCUUCUCAACGUCAGCUACUCUCCCAAAAACACACACGUGUGGACGAGUCCUCAGAGGGACAUCAGAGAGGGCUCGUCUGUAAACCUGAGCUGCAGCAGCCACGCCUCCCCUCCUCCCAGCAGGUAUGUUUGGUAUCGAAUCACAGGUGACCAGGUGGUGCCUAAAGGUCACAAUCAGAACCUGACCUUUCCUUCAGUGGGGGCUCAACAUGCGGGUCAGUACUACUGCAUAGCAACAAACCGACUGGGUUCCCAAUCCUCUCUUGUUUCUUCGCUAACAGUCCUCUAUCCCCCUAAGAACACCUCAAUUCUGGCGCGUCCUUCCAGCGUGGUGGACACGGGCCGACCUCUGACCCUGACCUGCAGCAGUCAGGCCUACCCAGCCGUGGACAACUUCACCUGGCACAGACUCGCUGUGGAUGGUGGCACUGUACACUCAUGGGUCACCAAGUCUGGGCCCGUCUUCACCUUCUCCGAGGUCAGUCCUGGUGAAAGUGGUCAGUAUUACUGCGAGGCCAGGAACCGAAUCGGAGCCCACAGCUCUCCGGUCCUGACAGUCAGAGUCAGAGGUCGUUUAAAGGCGAUCGCCUUGGCUUCAGCGGUGGGCGUGUCGGCUGGUCUCAUCACGCUGACGGUGGCCGUCAUGAUCAGCAAGAACAUGCACAGAGUAGACACAGAGUCCGUAGACGAUGUAAACAAGCAUCCAGCGGCGACAUCCGACACCGUGUGCUGCGAGUCAGCCGAACAAACCCUCCCUGUCAGAAAAGGCAGGAUGUCCGACAUCCCGGAGGAGUCGGAGGAUUUAAGUGACACCUCCCAUCCCUCCAUCGUUCCUCUGAUGGACGCUCCGCCAAUCAAAGAAGUUUCAGGCCGCAGCUCCGCCUCCAACUUCAUCACUGUGCAUUACUCCAGGAUGUCCAGAACACCUGGACCAGCCUGGUGUGAACCGCACUCUUUGCUUUCAUCACCUGGUGGCCCAGAGCGCUUCCUGUAUCAGUGAAUCAUGUUACACCAUUCCAGUUCAGGCAGCGGAGGACCUCUCGGUGAACCCGGCUCCUGAACUCUGCUGCAUGUCUUCUCCUCUUUUCUUUCAGUGCAUCCCGGAGUGGCAUGCUGUCCAGUGAAGUGAAAAUGCUUUAAAGUUCUUAAAGGGUAAAACACAAAUAUAAAAAAAAAAAACUUCACGCUGCCUGGCUUGCACAUUUUGGCACUAAAUGUAUAUUUGGUAUGUUAUUUUUUUGCUUUCUCUGAUCAUUUAGACUGCUGAAUGUUUGUAUUCUGACAUAAUUGUCUGUGAUAAGACUAAUGGUGUGAAAUUAGGAAUAUUAGGGGAGAAAACCACAAGAACAAGGCUUGACAUUAUGUCAACCUUUGAGGUACAUUUUGACAUCGCAGUGGUUGGGAUCUGAUUCCUUACUCUCUGCGUCUUUGUUGAAUGCAGAUUAUUUUAACUAACUGUAACCUAAAAGGUGAAAACAAGGAUAGUGAGGAAAUAUUAAACUGAAGUGACUUCUCACUUUGUUCUUUUCUAGUUUACUACUGAUUGUGAAUUAUAGUUUGGCUAUAAAUAAACGUAAUCUGCUUAUCGACUGAAUUACUAAUUAUAACUGUCAAUUUGACUUUUUUCACAACACAUUUGAGAAAUUCCUGUGACUCUGACCCGCUCAAGAAUUUGUUGCCACAUGGAG